AUGUUAAACCAAGGGGCACUCUGGGGUCCUACCAUUGAAAGGGACCUGGCACAGAAUAAGCUGAGCGGGGAAAUUCCAAGGCUCAUAUAUUGGAACGAAGUUUUGCAAUAUCUGGGAUUGCGAGGGAACAACUUAGUUGGUACACUCUCUCCUGAUAUGUGUCAGCUAACAGGGUUGUGGUAUUUUGAUGUUAGAAACAAUAGUUUGACUGGUACCAUUCCUGAGAACAUAGGCAAUUGCACUGCCUUCCAGGUCUUGGAUUUGUCUUACAAUAAACUGACUGGAGAGAUUCCAUUCAAUAUUGGGUUCUUGCAAGUAGCUACGUUAUCUUUGCAAGGAAAUCAGCUUUCAGGGCAGAUCCCAUCAGUCAUUGGCUUGAUGCAGGCACUCGCAGUGUUAGAUUUAAGCUGCAAUACGUUGAGUGGACUGAUCCCUCCCAUCCUUGGAAAUUUGACUUACACAGAGAAAUUGUAUCUGCAUGGAAACAAGCUGACUGGAUCCAUUCCCCCAGAGCUUGGGAAUAUGACAAAGCUCCACUAUCUGGAACUGAACGACAAUCGACUCACUGGGCAUAUCCCUCCCGAACUUGGGAGGCUUACGGACUUGUUUGACCUAAAUGUUGCUAACAACAACCUUGAUGGGCAUAUACCUGAUAAUCUUAGCUCAUGCACAAAUCUCAACAGCCUCAAUGUGCACGGGAACAAAUUGAAUGGGACCAUCCCUCCUGCAUUUCAGAGACUGGAAAGUAUGACUUAUUUGAAUCUAUCCUCUAACAAUCUUAUGGGUUCCAUUCCAAUUGAGCUGUCCCGUAUUGGUAAUUUGGAUACUUUAGACCUCUCAAGUAAUAGGAUUAGUGGUUCCAUACCUUCUUCCCUUGGUGACUUGGAACACCUGCUAAAACUGAAUUUAAGCAAGAAUGAGUUGACUGGUUUUAUACCAGCCGAGUUUGGUAAUCUAAGAAGUGUCAUGGAAAUAGAUCUGUCAAAUAACAACAUUUCUGGUCCAAUACCACAAGAGCUUGGUCAGCUUCAAAAUGUUUUAUUGUUGAAAGUGGAGAACAACAAUUUAUCAGGAGAUGUAAUGUCUCUGGUCAAUUGCCUCAGUCUUACGGUCCUAAAUGUAUCUUAUAAUAACCUGGUUGGGGAUAUUCCUACGGGCAAAAACUUCUCGAGGUUUUCACCAGAUAGCUUCAUUGGAAAUCCAGGUCUGUGUGGCUACUGGCUCAGUUCUCCAUGCCAUGCAUCUCAUCCAACUGAGCGAGUCACAAUUUCUAAAGCAGCUAUACUUGGGAUUGCUCUGGGUGCCCUGAUCAUUCUUCUUAUGAUCUUAGUUGCAGCAUGCAGGCCACAUAAGCCACCAUCUUUUAUGGAAGGAUCAAUAGACAAACCAGUUAAUUAUACAUCACCAAAGCUCGUGAUCUUGCACAUGAACAUGGCACUUCAUGUGUAUGAAGACAUUAUGAGGAUGACUGAGAACUUGAGCGAAAAGUAUAUAAUCGGUUAUGGUGCAUCAAAGCUUGAGACAGUCGGUAGCAUCAAGCAUCGUAACCUUGUCAGCCUCCAAGGAUAUUCUCUCUCCCCAUCAGGGAAUCUUCUCUUUUAUGACUACAUGGAAAAUGGUAGCCUCUGGGAUCUCCUUCAUG